UUUAUAAGGGCACGGGGUGAUCAAUGAGAUCUGAAUUGGUCUGUAAUAAGUUAGGCACUGAUAAGGGCUUGACAGCUGUGCAUUGGUCACACACUUUAUUAUGAUUAAUUUAUUUGGUGAUGCUGCGUUGGGAGCGUUGUGCAAAAUCAACAAAAACAACUCAAUGCAUCCGGCAACACAUUCGUGUGUGUGGCCUUUAAGAAGGAACACUAUGCAAUCCACGACGUUUCGGGCAAUGGGCCGCAAAUAUUGAUAAAUAGUACAAUUAAUGUACGUACUAUAAUAAGAACGUGUAUAAUGUGAUUGCAGUGUCCAGGGCUAGGUGGCGCGCCACUUAAGACGAUCUUUCUCAUAUCGUUCCCUCACGCCCGCAACAGCAAGUUACUCUUUCUCAUUUCUUAAAUCACUAUCGUUACAUAGAGGCGGCUGUCACCAGCAUCGUCGUCGUCGUCAUUUCAACCGUAACAUUAUCGGCAUUGUCAAGGUAUAUAUAUUUUAUAAUUUAAUUUGUUAUUUGGAAUCUGAGGCGAUGGGAGCGGUGGUGGUGUGGGAGAUGCGGUGCACGACGCGGCGAACGCGGUUUUAAAUGAUUGUAUAAUUUUUGACGUGUGUAAAAAAUAAAUAAAACGAGUGAGAUUUUUGUUUUAAAGAAAAGGACAUUUAAUAAUAAUAUUCUAUUGACGCAUUUUUGUUUUUUGGUCACACCGUAUCGAAUCUGUAUCGGCCCGGCGCGAUCGAGGCCGUGGGUGGGAGGGCUCCAGGCGAUGACGGCAGGAACCUCGCGGCGAUCAGGAAAUGGCGAGCGGCCACGGCGAGGGCAGAGCGCCGGCCGCGGCGUGCGGUGGGAGUGCGUCGCCGCUGCCGCUCGCUUCGGCUCCACGGCGUCCCCGCUCCGUCUCCUCUGACUGCGGCGAGGCUGGGCUGCGCUGAUAUCCAGUGCUGAGCGGGCCGAAGGCUUGCGGUGUGCGUCGAUCUCCAACCCCCCGAGUGACCUUUUUCUGCUCGAGAAGCUUCGUCUCCCAGCUCGCGCGUCGGUCCAGGAAUCGCCGCCGACAUGGGCUGUGCCAAGAGCAAGGACGGCGACGAGUCGCCGGCCGCGGACUGCCGGCAAGACGCGCACGGCGGCAACGAGCGCUGCCGCUACGGCGCGGGCAACGCCUACAUCGUGCAGAACAGCUGCGCCGUCCCGCAGAUGUCGAGCCCCGGCACUUACCAGGGCGCCAACAUCUCGUGCCCCACGCAGCCCAGCGGAAUGAUGAUGGGCGGCUCCAUGGUGCCCUUCACGGGCACGCUGACCAGCCAGCGCAGCCACUACCAAGAGGGAGUCACGUUCUUCGUGGCCCUGUUCGACUACAGCGCGAGGACCCCUGAGGACCUGAGUUUCAAGAAGGGCGAGAAAUUUCAAAUAAUCAACUCGGACGAUGACUGGUGGACGGCCAGCUCGCUAUCGUCCGGCCUCACCGGGUACAUCCCCAGCAACUACGUCGCUCCUGCGGGAUCCGUGCAGGCCAAGGAGUGGUUCUUCGGCAAGCUGACGAGGAAGGACGCCGAUCGCUGUCUCAUGGACCCCGCGAACCCCAUCGGGACGUUCCUCAUCCGCGAGAGCGAGACCACUCAAGGAGCCUACUCGCUCUCCAUCCGGGACUACGAUCCCGUCAAGGGAGACACCGUGAAGCACUACAAGAUCCGGAGGCUGGACUCUGGCGGCUUCUACAUCACCAACCGGAUCCACUUUGCCCACAUUCACCAGCUGGUGGAACACUACGCCAAUGUGGCGGACGGGCUAUGCGGGAGGCUCGUCAAGCCCUGCCCUGUCUUCGUGCCGCAGACUCAGGGCCUGUCGAAGGACGCGUGGGAGAUCUUGCGCGAGUCGCUCACGCUCGACGUCAAGCUCGGCUCCGGCUGCUUUGGCGAUGUGUGGCUUGGCACGUGGAACGGCUCGACGCAGGUGGCGGUGAAGACGCUGCGCGCCGGCACCAUGUCGCCCACGGCCUUCCUGGACGAGGCGCAGGUCAUGAAGAAGCUGCGACACGACAAGCUGGUGCAGCUCUACGCCGUGGUGUCGCAGGAGCCCAUCUACAUCGUCACCGAGUACAUGAACAAAGGAUGCCUCCUUGACUUCAUCAAGUCUGGGGAAGGGAACAUGCUUAAGCUCGUUCAGCUCAUGGACAUGGCAGCCCAGAUCGCGUCGGGCAUGGCGUACAUCGAGAAGAUGAACUACGUGCACAGGGAUCUGCGCGCCGCCAACAUCCUGGUCAAGGACAACCUGGUGUGCAAGAUCGCCGACUUCGGCCUCGCCCGCCUCAUCGAGGACAACGAGUACUCGGCGCAGCAAGGAGGGAAGUUCCCCAUUAAGUGGACCGCACCAGAGGCUGCGUUGCACGGCCACUUCACCAUCAAGUCCGACGUGUGGUCGUUCGGCGUGCUGCUCACCGAGCUGGUCACCAAGGGGCGCAUCCCCUACCCCGGCAUGAUGAACCGCGAGGUUCUGGGCAAUGUAGAGCAGGGAUACCGCAUGCCCUGCCCGCAGGACUGCCCCGACUCCCUGUACGAACUCAUGCUUCUGUGCUGGCGCAAGGAGCCCGAACAGCGUCCCACGUUCGAGUACCUGCAGUCCUUCCUCGAGGACUACUUCACAGCCACGGAGCCGCAAUACCAGCCCGGAGAAAACCUCUAGCGGCGGCUGUGCCCGGGUCCCAAGUAUCGCAGCCCUUGCUAUCGUCAGCAGUUAUCAUUUCUGUCGUCGUGUUUGAAUCGCGGUGUGGUCGGCCAGGCGGCUCCUAGAGAGUUCGACGUCAUCCGAUUCUCUGACCCGUGUCGUGGAGAAACACGAGCCGGCAUCUCUUAUAUCGCAGGCUCCGUUCUUGAUCAGUUUGUCUCCGUCGGGCUCUCUCAGGGGACUAAUACCCGUCUCAGAGCACUGAGCAGGCAUCGCUGAGGUCCUAAGGUCAAAACCAAGGCUCCCCGUCUGUGAUUCAACUUUGUGUUCAAGUGUGGCAACUUUGUGGGUCUCAAUCCAGUCACAGAUGACAGCACAAACAAAUGUUAUUUGAGAUUCGUAUUUCGUGUUGGAUUUUGGUGUGAGAGCUUGAUAUCUAUCGUUAUUCUGCUUUUUAUUCGAAUGAUAAGACAUGAAGCAAAAUCCAUUCAUUUGCACCUUGUGAUGGCGGUGACGAGAGGAGCCGAUUACAGACACUGAAAAUGGUAUCACUGGUGUGAUCACCCUUGCCAUCAUUGAACAUGACAAUGGAAGGGCCCUUCUUUCUGUAGGGGAUGAUGAUGAUGAAAAUAUGUUUACUUUUUGUUUUGCGUCUCGACAAUGACAGUGGCACACAAUUUCUGAUGAAACUUCCCCUCCCCCCCCCC